CCCAAGGUUGUUGUCUCACUCAACCCCCAAGAAGAAAAAAAAGGAAACAAGGAUGACGGAUAGGAGGAUAGGACUGACGACCACGAGACUACUGACAGGAGCAAUCCGACGAACUGGUUCUACUAAUCAACAACAACAACGACGACGACGGGGAUAUUCAGGACUAUCAUCGAUCGAGGAAUGUCUGGACUCAUUGAAGAGGAACGACCCAGAAUCAGUAUUACAACUUCCAUUUUGGCCUAAAGAGUCGCAACCAGGAUUCGUGGCUAUCAAGAGUUUUCAUGGCGAGAUCAACAAUAUCCCGAAUGCGGUCUCGAGAAGUCAGAAACCAUUGAUCGCCCAGAUGCGCUAUCAAUGGUGGAGAGACGCUAUCGAUUCCUGUUAUCUCUCUUCUUCCUCUUCUUCUCAGACGGUUGAUAAUAGUCCAAUCAAUCAGAUCCCUUCUAAUCAUCCUCUGAUUCAUCUCUUGAAACCGAUCAUCAAGCAACACAAAUUAUCUAAAUAUUACUUCGCCCGAAUCAUCAAUGCUUCAGAGACCCAUUAUCUAGACCGACGAUUGCCGACUCUAACAGCCCUAGCAGACCAUUCACGCUCGACGACAUAUGCGAGUCUGUCCUUACUAGCACAAUUAUUAACGAGUAGCAAGCAGUGGAAGGAGAACGGGACGAAGUUAGGAGGCGUCACAUUAGCGACGGUCGACCACAGUCUCAGCCAUCUAGCCCUCUUCCUGACCGUCGUCCGAAUCCUCAAACAAUUGCCCUACGAUAUCCGCCAUCGAGGGACACAUAGUGUGCCGCUCGAGCUCUUGGAAUGCUCCGAAGAAACCCUCUUCAGAUUCUUCAAUCCCCGUCGAACGUAUAACAAUCAUCAGUCUCUAGCGUCUUCUGAUCAGAAGGAUCUUCAUGACGCUCAGGAUUCACUCUUCAACCUGAUCUUCCUCGCCUGGUCGGAACUCGUCGCGGCCAGAGAAGUCAUCUCGCUCGAUCUGUCUCACGUCCAUUCAGACGACUUCAGGAACCAUCAGAACGCUACUCUCAUUCAAAAACACAUCCUUUCUAGUCGUAAAUCUUAUCUCCCCAAAAUCACCAUCGACCGCACACUCAUACCUCUCUUCCUCCCUGCCACUCCGGCUAGAACUCAAUUAACCAAGAUCUCAAACAUCAUUCUUAAUACUCAUAAAGCAAGACGACAAGAAGAACAAGGGAAUCUGAAGAGUCAUUUGAUUGAUAAUGUGGCACGGAAAGCCGAUUGGACGGUUCCUUUUAAGCUAUGGUUCAACUUCACAUUCAAUAAGCUUUAGUCUCUCUUCUGUUCCCUCUUUUUUUUUCUAGAAAAAAAAAUAGAAUGGUUUAGUUGAAAAGUCACUCGGGGAAUUUG